UGUGCUAUGUCGCCCUGGACUUUGAGCAGGAGAUGGCCACAGCUGCUUCUUCCUCCUCUUUGGAGAAGAGCUAUGAGCUGCCUGAUGGUCAGGUGAUUACCAUUGGCAACAAGCACUUCUGGUGUCCAGAGGCGCUUUUCCAGCCCUCUUUCCUUGGUAUGGAAUCCUGUGGCAUCCACGAGACUACCUUCAAUUCUAUCAUGAAGUACAAUGUGGACAUUCGCAAGGACAUGUAUGCCAACACAGUGCUGUCUGGUGGCACCACCAUGUACCCAGGCAUUGCUGAUAGGAUGCAGAAGGAGAUCACAGCCCUGGCACCCAGCACCAUGAAGAUCACGAUCGUUGCCCCUCCUGAACGCAAGUACUUCGUGUGGAUUUGCGGCUCACUCCUGGCCUUGCUGUCCACCUUCCAGCAGAUAUGGACCAGCAAGCAGGAGUACGAUGAGUCAGGCCCCUCCAUUGUGCACCGUAAAUGCUUCUAAAUGGACUGAGCAGGUGCCAGGCACCUGCUGCAUGAGCUGAUUCCGAAGUAUAAUUUGCCCUGGCAAAUGUACAAACCUCAUGCUAGCCUCAUGAAACUGGAAUAAGCCUUUGAAAGAAAUUUGUUCUUGAAGCUUGUAUCUGAUAUCAGCACUGGAUUGUAGAACUUGUUGCUAAUUUUGACCUUGUAUUCAAGUUAACUGUUUUUGGUCUGUUUUAUACCUUGUGCAUAUCUUUGAUUCAUCCCCUUAGCCAAUGUGGUUCGGUCACUUGGUGGUUGAGUUGAGCACACUUGGAGAAAUCCGCGGCUUGGCAAUCUGGGUGGCCACAGCACAGAUCUGUGCAGGGAUUGAGUCAGAGCUGACUGUUCCAGGAUUUCUCGGGCUGGCAGGACUUGGUGAACCAGCUGUGACUCCAGUCUUUUUGCUGGUCUAACAGGGUGGUAGAGUCCAAGCCUUACA